UCAGUUAUCUCUCAAUGAAUGUGAAUUGACAUUUGCACUGCAUAUCAUUCUUUGCACUGCAGGGAUAGAUACGAUAUGAGAUGCAGCCUAUAUUGUCAUAAAUAUUAGACUUGAUUUAGCAUCACUGCAAAUAUCCUCUCACACGACUAGUAUGAAGUGAUAUGUGACGUGAAUAAGAUCUGAGUAAAUUCUGCAGACAUUCGUCGACUCAAUAGGAGAAGUUUUUUUUUUUGUUGUUGAAUAAGUUGUACUGCUCUCUCCUAUAUAGAAAAUGGAAUUUAAAUUCAGUAUUGCAGUACUUUUAUUCUGCUGGAUCUCGAAAUCAACAUUCGGCGAUAUAACUGAUAACGAAAUAGACCAAUGCUGGUUACCAGAAAAUUUGGUGAACGAAAUUGAAAGUUAUGCUCCGACUGUUAACAAGAUAAUAAACGAAACUGUUAAUGGAUUGUAUAAGGGUACAACAUGGCAAGAGUUGGCUACAUUUGUUGAUAAGUUUGGUCCACGUUUAUCUGGGAGUCAAGUUCUCGAAAACUCUAUUGACUACAUGCUCGAUAAGUUGGUGAAACAUGGAUUGGAAAAUGUGCAUGGCGAAAAAGCCAUUUUACCUCAUUGGGUCAGAGGUAAAGAAUCCGCUACCUUGCUUCAACCAAGAGUAAAAGAUAUUGCGAUGCUUGGAUUGGGAUACAGUGUCGGAACGCCUAAAGGAGGAAUUACUGCGUUAGCCAUCGUAGUAAAGAGUUUUGAUGAACUGCGUGAACGACGCAAUGAGGUGCCUGGAAAAAUAGUUAUUUAUAAUCAAGAUUUUGUGAAUUAUGACGAAACGGUCUUAUAUAGAAUCAACGGAGCAUCAGAAGCUGCAAAAUUUGGUGCAGUGGCCGUCUUGAUCAGAUCUAUCACACCAGUUUCUAUCUACUCGCCUCAUACUGGCAUGAUGACGUAUCAGCCAAAUAUUCCAAAAAUACCAGCUGCAUGUAUCACAAUUGAAGAUGCGGCUUUGUUAAACAGAAUGGCUGAUAGAGGCAAAACGAUAUUGAUCAAUAUUAGUAUGGAAGCCCAGACUCUUCCAGCAGUGAAGUCUCGGAACACAAUUGCAGAAAUCACUGGCUCUGAGAGCCCUGAGAAAGUAGUAGUUGUAUCUGGACAUUUAGAUAGCUGGGAUGUAGGCCAGGGUGCUAUGGAUGAUGGAGGUGGUGCGUUCAUAUCAUGGAACUCUUUGAGAAUCUUGAAAGCUCUGAAUCUACGACCACGACGAACGAUAAGGACUAUUCUUUGGACUGGUGAAGAGAUGGGGACUGUGGGAUCUCAUCAAUAUAUUCAAUCACACACAGCUGAUAACGAAAAGCUUCAACUUGUGAUGGAGUCCGACAUAGGUACAUUCACUCCGAUAGGACUUGCCUUCACGGGUCCGGAGAAUGCCAAAUGCAUUCUGAAAAAAAUAAUGAGCUUAUUGAAACCAAUAAAUGCGACAGGGGUUCGAAACCCAAACGAAGGCCCUGACAUCACGGAAUGGGUAGAUUCUGGGGUACCAGGAGCUUCGCUAUGGACGGAUAACGGCAAAUACUUUUGGUACCAUCAUACAAAUGGUGACACCAUGUCCGUUGAAGAUCCACAUGCACUCGACCUAUGUGCCGCAUUGUUUGCCGCAGUUUCAUAUGUCACGGCUGAGCUGAGUGUUGAUCUACCACAUAAGAACUAGUAUUGAUAAUUUACGUCACCGUGAAAUUACGUCAAGUUUAUAGUAAUAUUUCCAACUUUUGUAAUAAAAUACAAAAUAUAUCAGAA